UGUUUGAAUUUUCCACCGAGUAGCUAAAGUUCCAAGAGCAAAAGACUGUAGCAGAAGCUGUUAGGAAAGAUCAGAUCAAACAGAAGUGACUUCACCAUCCAUUGUUCCGUUUAUGGGGAAAAUCAGUCAACCCAAAUUUCACGUCAACGUUUCUUCUACCACUUACGCAUUUUCUCACUUAAAAGAACAAUAAAAAACAGACAAACAAAGACUCCCAUCUUCAUAUGAUGACUCUGAAGAUUGCAAACAAAACAAACAAGGCCUUAAAUGAUACUGACAAAUGACAUAUCCAUCGUGCACUAGCAGUGGAGCUGGUGUCCACUGCGGCCCUAGCAUGUUUGCAAAUUAUUAUAUUCGCUUCUCGACUCUUCCCUUUCACCAGCUUAAGCAACAGCUGAUAUAAAUCACCGUGUAAUCAAUCUUCUUUCAUUGCCUUUUGUCUUUCGUAUCCUUUUUUUCAGGUCUCUCUCUUUCUCUCAUGGCUUCUUUUUCUUCUUCAUGGCCAUGGGCUGUUGUUCUUGCUUUGUUACAUUCUUUGUUUCUUCUAGGGCUUGCUUCGAGCAAUGUUUAUAUUGUAUAUAUGGGAGAUAGACAUACUGAUAAGCCAAAUCUAAAUCUAGUGGAGGAUUCUCAUCAUCAGAUUCUUUCAGACAUUCUUGGAAGCAAAGAAUCUGCCAAGGAAUCCAUUUUAUACAGCUACAAACAUGGGUUUUCAGGGUUUGCUGCAGUCCUCAGUCAAUCUCAAGCCAAGCUUAUUGCAGAUGUCCCUGGAGUUAUUCGUGUAGUUCCAAAUAGAAUUCUAAGUCUGCACACCACUAGGAGCUGGGAUUUCCUGCAAGUAAAGCCUCAAAUUGUGGCUGGGAUUCUUUCAAAGAGCCAUUCAGGCAUUGGGACUAUCAUUGGUGUCAUGGAUACUGGUAUAUGGCCAGAGUCUGAAAGCUUCAAAGAUAAGGGCAUGGAAAAGUUUCCAUCUCGAUGGAAAGGGAUAUGCCAGGAAGGAGAGGGAUUUAACCGCUCCCACUGCAAUAGGAAAAUUAUCGGUGCACGUUGGUACGUUAAAGGGUAUGAAGCUGAAUUUGGAAAGCUUGCCCUUAGUGACGGGGUCGAGUUCUUGUCUCCUAGAGAUGCUUCAGGUCAUGGUACUCACACCUCAUCUACUGCAAGUGGUACGCUAGUAGAAAAUGCAAACUUUAGGGGACUAGCACAAGGAUUAGCUAGAGGUGGUGCUCCUUCAUCGUGGUUAGCUAUCUACAAAGUUUGUUGGGCUUCUGGUGACUGUAGCUCAGCUGAUCUUCUUGCUGCAUUUGAUGAUGCAAUCUUUGAUGGUGUUGAUGUUCUUUCAGUAUCUCUGGGCUCACCACCUCCACUUUCCCCCUAUGUUGAUGACGCGUUGGCUAUUGGUUCCUUCCACGCUGUAACAAGAGGAAUUUCUGUUGUAUGCUCUGCUGGCAACUCUGGUCCUUAUUCUCAAAGCGUCAUUAAUACUGCUCCAUGGGUUAUUACUGUUGCUGCAAGCACCAUUGAUCGAGAAUUCCCUACUGUGAUCACCCUGGGAAACAACCAAACUGUUGUGGGUCAGUCUUUCUAUACAGGAAGGCAAGUAAACAAGUUUCAUUCUAUCGUGUAUGGACAAGAUAUCGCAGCCACUGAUGUUGAUGAAAACAGUGCUGGAAGUUGUGAUUUGGAAACCCUGAAUGCUACUUUAGCAAAAGGAAAAGUAGUUCUUUGUUUCCAAUCUCGGUCACAGAGGUCAGCUACCAUUGCUUCAAACUCUGUACUCAAAGUUCAGGGUGCAGGUGUUAUCUUUGCACAAUUUCCUACUAAGGAUGUUUCUUGUCCAUGGACUUUUCCCUGUGUCCAAGUGGACUUUGAAGCUGGGACAUCUCUGCUGACAUACAUGGCUGCAAGCAGAAAACCAGUAGUCAAGUUUAGCUUCUCAAAGACAGUUGUCGGGCAACAGUUAGCCCCAGAAGUAGCUUAUUUUUCAUCACGAGGACCCAGCUCCCUUUCACCAUCAGUGUUGAAGCCAGACAUUGCUGCUCCAGGAGUUGAUAUAUUGGCCUCCUGGUCCCCUGCUUCUUCCUCCAAGUUACUGGAUUCACCUCAAACUAAAGCAUCUCCACUUAACUUUAAACUUGCUUCGGGAACUUCCAUGUCUUGUCCCCAUGUCUCUGGCAUUGUUGCUCUUCUCAAGGGAAUCCAUCCCACGUGGAGCCCUGCAGCAAUUAAGUCUGCACUGGUAACAACAGCUUCUGUGAAGGAUGAAUAUGGCGAAAAUACCGUAGCUGAGGGAGCACCCCACAAGCAGGCUGACCCAUUUGAUUAUGGAGGUGGACAUGUCGAUCCAAACAAAGCUCUAGCCCCUGGACUCAUAUAUGACAUGGAAAUCUCUGAUUAUGUCUGCUUCCUUUAUGCAAUGGGCUAUAACAGCACUGCCAUCAGCUCAAUGACUAGGGUUCACACCCCAUGUCAUAAAUCAGCCAAGUUCCUUGUAAAUCUAAAUCUGCCUUCCAUCACUAUACCUGAGCUUAAGCAGCAGUUGACUGUCUCAAGAACAGUCACAAACGUUGGUCCCAUCAAUUCUGUUUACACUGCUCGUGUUCAAGCUCCCGCAGGCACGUAUGUGAGCGUCAAGCCGUCGAUUUUGUCCUUCAACUCCACAAUACAGAAGCAAAAGUUCAAGGUCACAUUUCGUUCUCAACUAAAAAUUCAAGGAAGAUAUUCGUUCGGAAAUCUAUACUGGGAAGACGGUAUUCAUGUAGUAAAGAUCCCUCUGAUUGUUAGAAUUGUCAUUAACAAUUACUUUUACUCAGAAACAUGAUCUCAGAUACCAUAAUUUGUAUCACUGAAUAAUGAACUUAGCAUCAAA